CCUCCCAUGACAAACUUCCAUCACUGCUAGGCGAUUCUAUAAGCAUUUCUUCUUAGCUCCUUUUAUCAUCAUCUCCCUUAAAAUUUUCAAAUGAAGACUUCCAUGCUAAUCAACCUCUCUUUCCUAGUCUUUUGCUUAGGAAGCGCUUAUCAAACUCCAUGGCCCAUCACUCUCCUUUUCUCAUUGUUAUCUUUGUUUGUUUUCUCUUUGAACUACUGGUUAGUUCCUGGAGGCUUUGCAUGGAGAAAUUACCAUUAUCAAAAACUCGGUGGUCCAACUGGUUGGCCUAUACUAGGCAUCCUACCACAAAUGGGUUCACUUGCUCAUCGCAAAUUGGCUGCCAUGGCUUGCUCAUUAGGUGUAACCAGGCUCAUGGCAUUCAGUUUAGGCACAACCCGUGUGGUCAUUAGUAGCCAUCCAGACACAGCCAAGGAAAUCCUUUCUGGGUCUUCUUUCUCUGACCGUCCUCUAAAAGAAUCAGCUCGUUUACUGAUGUUUGAACGUGCCAUUGGUUUUGCUCCCUCUGGGAACUACUGGAGACACCUGCGUAGAGUUGCAGCAAACUACAUGUUUUCCCCUAGGAGAAUCUCUACCUUAGAACCACUAAGGCAACGUUUGGCUGAUGAAAUGGUAAUGGAAGUGAGGAAGGAGAUGGAGGAUAGAGGUGUUGCAGUCUUGAGAGGGAUAUUACAACAGGGUUCUUUAAGUAAUGUAAUGGAGAGCGUUUUUGGGAUCAACUACGCCUGUUCAGAAAGGGAGGAGCUAUUAAGCGCCAUGGUUAAAGAAGGAUAUGAGUUAAUUACAAAGUUUAAUUUGGAGGAUUAUUUUCCGCUAAAGCUUUUGGACUUUCAUGGAGUGAAGAGAAGAUGCUAUAAAUUGGCAGGCAAGGUUAACUGUGUUGUGGGUGAAAUUGUGAGAGAGAGAAAAGCAGCUGGGGAUUUUAGUAGUGGAAGUGACUUUCUUAGUGCCUUGCUAUCUUUGCCUGAACAGGAGCAGCUAAGUGAAUCUGAUAUGGUGCCUGUUCUGUGGGAAAUGAUAUUCCGGGGAACAGACACAGUUGCUAUUCUUCUGGAGUGGAUCAUGGCUAGAAUUGUUAUGCACCAAGAAAUCCAAGCAAAAGCCCACCAAGAGCUAGACACUUGCAUAGGCUUCCACAGGCAGCUUCAAGAUUCCGAUAUCCCUAACCUUCCCUACCUCCAAGCCAUUGUCAAAGAAGUACUAAGAAUGCACCCUCCUGGCCCACUACUCUCCUGGGCCCGCCUUGCCGUCCACGACGUCCACAUCGACAAAAUCUUCAUCCCAGCUGGCACGACGGCGAUGGUCAACAUGUGGGCCAUAACCCACGACCCAUCAAUCUGGAAGGACCCGUGGGAGUUCAAUCCAGACCGUUUCUUGGAAGAGGACGUGCCAAUAAUGGGCUCGGAUCUAAGGCUUGCACCGUUUGGGUCAGGGAGGAGGGUGUGUCCAGGUAAGGCAUUAGGCUUAGCGACAGUCCACCUGUGGCUGGGGCGGCUUCUACACCGAUACAAAUGGUUACCGGCGCAGCCUGUAGAUUUGUCUGAGUGUUUGAGGCUUUCCCUUGAAAUGAAAAAGCCAUUAGCUUGUCGCGUGGUUGAUCGAUGGAGCAAAUUGGCCAUGCCGUGAAACGGGGUAGCUUGUAUAACCUGUGAGUUUAGUUGUGUUGAAAGCGGGUGGGUCAACGGUAAAAUGAAGUGAUAAAAGAUGUUGGUCACGUGCACUUUGUCAAGAGUUUACAAAAUAAACAUAUAUUACUAAGUUGCAGAGAUUGUAAAAUAUUUUCGAUGCAUAAAAAAAUAUUUUAUUAUUAUUA